GCACUGUAGUCUGUAAUCAAAACAAAGGAUGUCAACAUUUCGAUCGACGUAGAAAAAAGCAAAACACAUCGAGAUCGGAGUAAAAUUUUCACGCAAAAUAAUCCCAUUUUUCUGGAGGAUCAUCUUCAUCUGAAAAUGGAAAACGAUGACCCCGUGGAAGACCGUCCGGGGGAAGCUCCGAAUCAGGCUGCUCCUUUUGAGGCACUUUUGAACAUACUACGAUACAACCCAGCUCCUGGCUCUCCGGCUGCCCAACAGGAAGGAGGGGAUAUUAGUGAUGGGGCCGAAAAUGAUAUCGACGAGGAAACCAUAGCGUGGGACGACAGCCCCGAAAUAGCAGCUCUGGAUGCGAGUUUUGAUGAUGUACGCGCUUGGGGCGAUGAAAGCUCGCCUGAGCAAGACGCAGUCCCUUGGGCCGAGGAAGGGGACGCAUACCCAGAUGUGAUGAACCAGGAAGCAUUAGUUCCCUGGGGCGAAGAAGAUCAUGCCAACCCCGAAGAAGCAGCAAAUCAGGAUGCGGAUUCCGAUGUGAGUAUUGUUGACGGUGGUGUGGAAUCUUCAUCGGAGAACGGAAUGGACGGACGUUCGAGCAAUUCCUCGGAGAAUGGACUGGACGAUUCCGAUGCGGAUCGAUUGUUCGAUGAUUACAUUCAGAAUCGUGAGCAACAGCAGUCAUCGGAUGCGGAGAUUUACAACACAGAACUUCCAACGGAGCAUGCGUAUCUCGGGAAGUUGGAACGAGUCGAAGGUGUUGACUAUUUGGAACCGGGCAAAACUUAUUGUCUUCCGGUCUACAGCCACCAUUCGAUUGUGUUUCCGGGCGAGGUUGUACCGAUGAUUCUCAAUGCUGCAUCUCUGAACUACGAAGACCAAUCCGAUGGCGUAAAGUUCGGACUGUUGUUCAGGACAACAUUCCCGAACAACUACAUCUACGGAGUCACCUGCCAGGUGUUCGAAAGAGGCGAAAGGGAUCUGAACGGUUCGAUCAUACUUAAAACAAUAGCCCAGCAAAGGUUCCACGUCGUAGGUCAAAUGCCCAACAUAAGGGCGGAAGUGAAAAUUCUGCCAGAGAUAAUACUGCCGGAUCCGUUGCUAAGUAGCUGUUCGAAUCCGAUGAAACGCCACGCAUUCAGCAACAACAAAAAGUACUCGCACCGUUUCAAGUCCUUCGUAUCGCACGCAAUGACGUGGCCAAAGUUCGUCUACGACUACUACAGCACCGAGGAUGUUCUCACAAAGGUAGAACGGUAUCUGGCGUUCCUGAAGAUAACCAGCGUACCGAGCGACCCGGUCAAACUGUCCUUCUGGCUGGCCCGGAACAUUUCCAUUGAUGAACGGGAUCGCAAACUGAUCUACCAGGCUGAUGCCGUGAUUAGCCGAAUGUUGAUCAUCAGCAAAUCGCUUGAUCAUAUGUGUUACUUUCUGUGCAAACGGUGCGACAAUGAAAUCGGUAGCUUCAACGACAUAUUUGCCAUGAACAAGCAAGGAGUGCAAACGAGCUACUGCAACCCGUCCGGAUACGUGCACGACACGCUGACCAUUUACAAGACGAAGGAAAACUCGACCUUCACCGUGGAUCGGCCGUCGACGGAGUACAGCUGGUUUCCCGGGUACUCGUGGCAGAUAACGCUCUGUUCCAACUGUCGGCAACACCUGGGCUGGAAGUUCGUGGCCACCAAGAACAACUACCUGCCGAAAAGUUUCUACGGCCUGUCGGGUAACAGUAUCAAGGUAAAAUCGGUCACCGAAGCGAGCACUUCCAGCCGGGACGGCGACGAUGUUGAAACCGACGAGGGCGGCGAUGCCCAAGAGGCGGACCAACUGCAGCAACGGCUACGACGGAUACAGCGGAUGGAAAUAGGAGAAGUGCUAUUCAAUAUCGACGACGACGACGAUGACGACGAAAACUAUCGCAAUAAUGAAGACUUGUAUCAGGUGAUCAAUUUCAGUCCCGAAAUCGCCAAUGCUGCCGUGCAAGCCGACGCACCACUCAUGGUGGAAGGAAUCGCCGACGAGGAAGCGGGAGAGGACGAGGAGGAUGAGGAUCGAUUUCAGGAUGCGAGGGAGUAAGAUGUUCGCAACCGACUCGUGGUCGACCGAUUGGAUUGGGGAUGAGAAACGUGCUUUUUGUUUUUCUAUGCGAGCUUGUGUCGUCUUUUCAACUGAUUGAAAUUUAAAGUUAUUGGUUGUUCUAUGAAGCUGUAUUCGUACCGUGAUGUUUGUUUAAAUAAAUGAUUAGUGAUAAUGCUAAUUAGUAAAUAGUA